UGCUCAAUCCGCAAGCUCCGCCCCCUCCCGUUCUCUGCUCGCCGCGGCGCAAGGACUGUCAACUCGCCGCUCAACUUUGCUCAAUCGCUGGAUUUUACAUCACUUUUGGAGUACGGAAACUUACUUUUCUGGGGUGUGCCGUUACCAGACCGGCCUCGUGUGAGAUGGAGGUUUAAGAGGGCCGAUUGUCGUUGUAAAGAGUAAGCUUUGGGUCACAUUUAGCGUUUGAUGGCUGCUGGGGAUGGAGCGCAGCUGCCGGCGACCGUAGCGGCCAGCAGGAGCGUGGAGAAGGCGCUGGAAGAGGCUGCGUCCAGCGGAGCGCUCAUCCUCUCCAACCGCAAACUCAAAGAGUUCCCCCGCACCGCCAAGAACUAUGACCUGUCCGACAUUACGCACGCAGACCUGUCAAAGAACCGGCUCUGUGAGGUGCCAGAGGAGGUGUGUCAGUUUGUCUCCUUAGAGACGCUCAGCCUGUACCACAACUGUGUGCGAUCCCUCACGCCCAGCCUGUGCCAGCUGCAAGCCCUCACCUACCUCAACCUCAGUCGUAACCAGCUGUCCAGUCUACCGCCGUCAGUAUGUCAGCUCCCUCUCCUACGGGUGCUCAUUGUCAGCAACAACAAGUUAUCAGUCAUACCGGCCUCCAUACUCACACUCCUACACCUGAGACAACUGGAUGUGAGCUGUAAUGAGCUGCAGUCACUUCCUGUUGAGCUCGGCCAAUUAGAAUGUUUAAGGGACUUAAAUCUGAGAAGAAAUCAGCUUGCAACUUUACCAGAAGAGCUGUCAGAGUUGCCGCUUGUCCGUCUGGAUGUGUCUUGUAACCGCAUAUCGCACGUGCCUGUGUGCUACCGUCAUCUCCGGCACCUCCAAAGCAUCAUUCUUGACAACAACCCCCUCCAAAUGCCCCCCGCCCAGAUCUGCUCCAAAGGAAAGUUCCACAUCUUUAAAUAUCUGAACAUGGAGGCCUGCAAAAGGACUCAGGACCAGUUUGAGAAAGCUCUGCGGCCCACCGCCUUCAACAGCUGUCUGGAUCAGGACCUGUUUCCCGGGCAGUAUGGUGGCCUGGAUUCUGGCUUUAACAGCGUGGACAGCGGCAGCAAGAGAUGGUCAGGAAAUGAGUCUGCCGAUGAUUUUUCGGAACGCUCGCUGCGAUUGACCGACAUUUCCCGCGAACACACAAACUUUCAGGAGGAAGAGGAGAGAAAUAUAUUGUUAGAUACACCCAAAGUGAAUGGAGACCUGGAGCAUGUGGAUUUUAUAGACAACAGUGUAACAGAGGAAGAAGAGGAGAGGUGUCACCCUCCACAGGAAAAGAGUGAAAGUACCAGCAGCACAGCAUCCCAGAGCCCUGAAUCUACAGGCAGCAGGAUAUUUGUGAUCGGAGACGGUUCUGAUUCCGGCUCACCAUCCAGUCCCACUUUAGAGGAGAGAAGGAGACCUGGAAACCUUCUCAUCUGGCAGGAGAGAGAGAGAGCCCAGCAGCAGAGAGACCGAGCCAGCACUUUGCAGAAGAUCACUGUAAAAACAGGAAGUAACUUGGCGACGACGACGACGAAGCACGGAGGAACAGGAAGUGUUUCGGGUGGUGAUUCUGACAGCAACUCUCCACCCAACGGACUGAAGCAGAGAUGUGCAAGUGUAGAUCAGGUCUCUCCAUCCUCACAUUCGGGGUCUUUACAACGCUCCAUCAGUCGCACAGAUGCGUCCUCUGUGAAGCCCUGUUCUCCUACAGGAUCUGCUCCCAAACCCAACAGCUUCUUAUUCCGCACUUCUUCACGCUGCAACGUCAAGACGGGAUCAGGAAACAGUUUGGCGGAGUCUGGCCGCAGCGAAUCCCGCUCCACGCUCAGAUCUCCUCGAGAGGAGAGAACGGACAUCCUGCAGCUGCGCAAAACUCUGGAGUCGCGUCUGAAGAUCUCUCUGGCUGAGGAUCUGGGAGAGGCGCUGUCCAAUGGCACAGUUCUCUGCCAGCUGGCCAAUCACGUGCGACCUCGUUCUGUGUCAAUCAUCCACAUCCCCUCUCCGGCGGUGCCAAAGCUGAGUGCUGCCAAGUGCCGCCUCAAUGUAGAAAACUUCAUUGCUGCGUGUCGUAGACUGGGAGUCCCCGAGAUGGAGCUGUGUUUAGCGUCUGAUAUCCUGUGCAGUAAGCUAUCUGCAGUGCACCGCUGUGUGACGGCACUCCUGGCAAAAGGAGGAGGAGAGGAGGAGGAGGUGAACGAGGACAACAGCGGCACCUCUCCCUCCGUCUCUCCUUCCUCCCAUUUCUCCACCGGCUUCCUGCUCUUCUACUCUCUCCUCAUGGCUUUGCUCUAUCUGUUCUACUGCCACCUUGUAGCAUAGAGCGAGCGAGUAUCGACGUGUAAAUGUAAUGGGUUUUAAAGUCAUCAUCUCUGUACUGUGUACACUGUCACAAACACCACCGACGCCAUCUGAAAUAUAUAUCGGAGCAAAUUCCUUCCCCUACAGAUAUCUUAAAAGGUUAGUUGUAGGACUUCAGAGCUAGCGAAAUAUACCACAAAUCAUCGUACAUCCACAUUUUCCCUGCACAAGAAUGCUCAUUAAUGAUGCUUUUUCCAUACAUUUAUCUGUACAUAGACAUGGUUUCCACUAAUAAAGGGCUCUUCCACCCGAUUGCCUUAGCAUCGCUGUCGAUCCCAGGAUAGUUUAUACACCUUCUAGCGGGAUAUCGUUAUCCUAAGAGCUUUAAAGCACCGGCACAAAUUCCCCAUGCCUUCUAUUAUCUCUCGAAGGGCUUUAAAAUGGCUUGUAUCUGGUCCUCAUCGAAGUGCCUCAGAAGUUCCUCCUGCUCUCGCAGCAGCGCACAUUAGUUGGUAGCGUCUGGUAAACGGUCUGUUUAACAGUGAUGGUACUUCUCGGCUGAAUUUGGUGUGUUUCACACGUUGUGGAAAGCUGUUAGGGUCAGCGCUGAGGGGACCUCUUCGCUUUCCCUUCUCGUUUUUGUUGACUGUGACCUUCAGAGGGCAGCGCUUUUACUAAACUGCUCCUUCUACACUUUUCGACGGUACUAAUGACUCAAAGCUUUUCGUUUCGAAUGUUCGUUUGGGUUUCCUUGAGAGCAUCUUUAAUAUAAUUCUCACACUCAAGCGGUCGGAGAUUAAGUUAUUGUUUCAGUUUAUUUAUGUUCUGCCGAAGCUGCGUUAGCUGAGGACCCGGUGUCAGCGAGCACGUUACGGAAAAUUGAUUAAAUUAAACAAAUUAACUGAGUAAUAUAAUGCUGAUUACGAUGUGAAAAGUUACGCUUUUUUGUAUUUGCGUGUGCGGGUGCACAAUAUGGCUUCGCAGACAACGCCAAAUUAGCCGUGCUUCUUCGUCUGCCGUUUCCUGAUUCUAAACGCGGCCGUAUUGGUUUUGUAGUCCUGUAAUGUGCCAUGAGCACCCAUCUUCCCCCGUGCUGUAUGCUGACGUUGCUUUUGUAUUCCGUGCCUACUUAAUGUGAUUUAGUAGCUUUGCCGACAGUUUACUAACGAGCAGACUCUCGUCUGGAGAGAACGAUAAGAGAGAGAGAGAGAGAGAGAGACUCGGAAAUGAGGCUAGGUGAAGGGAUAUGCUAUAACUAGCUAUAACUAUAACGCAUCUUCCCUCACCCUGCGAUGUCUUAAACGUAUUUUAAGAGGGUUUUGUUAAGGAGUAUGUAAGUUAUAAUAUUGUACGUUGCCGUCUAUGCUAAAGCUAAUCAUAAUAGUCAUGUAAAACGUCCACUGACAACGAACUGGGACUUAGCAUAGACUUCCUCGCAGUUGUUUGAGAGGCUUCAGCCGUAUGAAAUGAGGAUCGUGAUGUGCUUUUUCUCUCUCACACACACACACACACACACACACACACACACAGAGAGAGAGAGAGAGAGAGUUUAGAAGGCACUAGAUGAAUUCUACAUGAAUGUUUCCGUCCAGAUGUUAUCUAGUGGAGACCGUAACUAGACGCAACACAUGAAAUGUAUUUUGUAAUAUUUAUAAAAUACUGUGUAUUUAAGAAGUUAAUAAGUUUAUAUUGAUAUAAAGAUUUGUUUUGUCUGUAAAGAAAUUAUUAAAAAACUGAAACACUGA